CUUCGUAGACCUUUAAUGGAAGGUCCAAUGGAGAAAUUUGUGUCCUCCAGCGCCUCAUCCCUUCUCAUAACGGAAGGGGCUCGGUUCUUCGCCUCGUGUCCUCUCCCCUCCUACGCCCUCCUUUCCCCAACCCUACCUUUUACUUGGCCUGGCCGCUCGCUCACGUCUGCCGCCGUUAGAGACGCGAAGCUAUGGAUCUUGCUCUCAAUCAUCUGGCGCCGGAGCGGAGACCUGCUGACAAGGAUUACCGUCCGACGACCGUCCGGUGGUUCAAGGAAUGGGUUCCCCAGGAUGUUGUUGCGACGGGAGGAAAGUGCUUCCUUUUGAAGUGGGUUACGGAGGACAUGUUGAAGGCUAUCAAAGAAAAGUCCAAAGAAACAGAAGAAGAAGAACACAAACCUGAACCGGCUACUGAGGUUCUAUUCCUGUGUAGCUACGAAGGUUGUGGGAAAACUUUCAUAGAUGCUGGUGCUUUAAAGAAACAUGCUCACAUCCAUGGAGAGAAGCAACAUAUUUGCCAGUUCGAAGGCUGUGGAAAGAAAUUUUUAGAUAGUUCAAAGUUAAAGAGACAUUAUCUAAUUCAUACAGGGGAAAGGGAUUUCAUUUGCCCUCAUGAAGGCUGUGGUAAGGCCUUCUCGUUGGAUUUUAACUUAAGGGCACAUAUGAAAACACACUCGGUGGAAAACUAUCAUGUUUGCCCUUACCUGGAAUGUGGAAAGAGAUACAUAAAUGAGAGCAAGCUAAGAACCCACUUGAAGACACACCAUGAUAAGAACAACAUGAUCGAUACGGUGAAGCACACCCCAGCGAUUGAGAAACCACAUACCACUCCCAAGGCAACUGCAACUGGAUAUAGUUUGGCCUCCGUGCAGCGACCAUAUGCGUGUCCCUAUGAAGGUUGUGAGAAAGCUUACAUCCAUGAGUACAAACUGAACUUGCAUUUCAAAAGGGAGCAUCCGGGCCAUAAUUCUGAAGAAAACAAUAAAGCUGCAGCUAUUGCCGAGCAAGGCAUGGAGGAAGGCAGCGAUCCAGAAGCCUACGUCACUAGAGGUGCUCGGGGCAAGAACGCAAAACGGACCAAGCCCAAUCCGGCUUCACAGUUGCCACCUGCAAAAGUCAAAAGGAAAGCUUCCAAUGUGGUUCCUCCAACUUUACCUCCCAUCAAGAAGCAACAAUGGCCGAGCAAAGAUGUGUACGAGGAGGAAGAUAGUGAAGAAACCGAAGAAGACAGAGACAACGUCGAAGGAGAUGGAUGGAGAUACCAGGAGGUGAAUGGGGAUGAUGAGGAGACAGAAGAUGAAGACUGAAACCAAUCCAAGCAGAUGCCAGCUGAGAUCCAGCAAAUUCACAUCCCUGCUAUUGUUCUAUAUUGUUUUUUAAACAUAGAAGCUUCAUUCAACACUUUUUUUUUUUUUGGUUUUCUUUUUCUCCAAACGGACUAAGUUUCUUUCUAAUGAAUGAAGGAAAUCUGUAUCUUCAUACCCUUCUUAAUCUAUUUAAGUCGUUCCUGAAAA